GUUAAUUAUUAAUUAUUACUGUGUGAUCCUCUAGCUGUAGCUAACCCGCGCGCCGCUCCGAGAGAUAAGAUAAACCCGCGAGUAGUGAGAGUCGACGAUAGAUGGCGCCAACGCUGCCGUCGUGGUGGUUGCUCUUCCUCCUGCUCCUCGGAGUUGGCGCCACCGCGGCGGCCAGAGGCAGCAAGAAGCUGACUCCCCCGGUGUCGACGGCGUACGAGUGGCCGGAGCGGUUCCACGCGGUGGUGGUGUCGAUCAACCUGACCAACCACGACCGCGGCGGCGGGCGGCUGCAGCUAAUCGAGAUCUACUACGACUGGCCGCAUGGCCGCGACCUUAACAUCGUCAGGGACCAGCUCUCCGGCGAUCCACCGCUGUACAACGUGGAGUGGGUGAAUGGCACCUCCUACCUCUUCGACACCGCCGCCUCCAGCUGCCGCACCUUCCAGUUCCCCGUCGGCAUCCUGCCUCGAUCGGGCGUGACACCGUGGACGCCGACGUCGCCACUGGCCGCCCCGUCCGCUGGAUAUUCAACGGCAAUACGCGGCAUGUGCUCGUGUUCGAAGCCGGUGUAAUCCUCCAAGUGGCAGGCGCCGCCGUACUGCUUCCUCAACCUCAAUAAUCUCGUCGCUCGAUCGAUCUCGCUGCCUCAUGAUUAUAUUAACUGUGAUCAGGUUCGCAUGCAUAUAUAUUGGACCAGCUGAUGAUUAUAUCCACCCAUCGAUCAAUUCAUGCCAAAGUCGAUCAAUAUAUCCUGUGCACGCGCGUACAACUUACUGAGUAUAUAUGUUGUAUAUAUAGUUUCCUCUCUGCUACCAAUUAAUUCAUCCGUAUUUUAAUGUAUGACGCCGUUUAACCAUUCGUUUUA